CAAUUCCCUAUUCUUUAUCCUUCAAUUCAUCACCAAGUAGACAAACUGUAUUUACUACUACUAUUAGAUUCCACCAAUUUUUGUAAAAUGGAGCUGGAAAUCACCAUUAUUCCCUUCUUUCUCUCUCCUCCACUCAUCUCUCCCACCCACUAAAUGCCAUCCGAACCCGAGGACGACACCCCCGGACCUCCUCAUGGACCUGGAUCUCGAUCUCGACUCCUCCUGGCCCUUGGAUCAGAUCUUCGCCGCUGCCGCCAACUCCGACCAGCCCUGCUCCCCGCUCUGGGCCUUUUCUGAUGAUAAUAACACCGCUAAUCUCGUCGCAGGCCCCGCUUUCCGCUUCUCCGACUCCUCCAAGAUCUUCUCCUAUUCAGGCAAUCCUGUGGCAGCAACUGAAGGUGGACUUGAUAAUCAUGACAAGAAAAAGCUGACUACUCCAUUGAUGGGGUUGAUGCCUAUUGACAAUCCGGAUGGAUCUUGCAUAAUAAAGCAAAGAAUGACUCAGGCUCUUCGGUAUUUCAAAGAUUUGACUGAGCAGCAUGUUUUGGCUCAGGUAUGGGCGCCGGUGAAGAGUGGUAGCCGAUAUGUUCUAACUACUUCAGGCCAACCUUUUGUACUUGACCCCAAUAGUAACGGACUCCAUCAGUAUAGGUUGGUGUCUCUGUCGUAUAUGUUCUCUGUGGAUGGAGAUACUGAUGGAGACCUCGGACUUCCCGGGCGUGUGUUUCGGCAAAAGUUGCCGGAAUGGACACCAAAUGUUCAGUAUUACACCAGCAAAGAAUUUCCCCGCCUUAGCCAUGCUUUAAAUUACAAUGUCCGGGGAACGUUAGCUUUACCUGUAUUUGAGCCUUCUGGGCAGUCUUGUGUUGGUGUUCUUGAACUUAUAAUGACAUCUCAGAAGAUCAACUAUGCUCCAGAGGUUGAUAAAGUCUGUAAGGCACUUGAGGCAGUAAAUUUAAAAAGCUCGGAGAUAUUGGAUCAUCAAAGUACACAGCAGAUAUGUAAUGAAGGUCGGCAGAAUGCAUUAGCAGAAAUACUGGAGAUAAUUACAGUUGUAUGUGAAACCCACACAUUACCACUAGCUCAAACUUGGGUUCCAUGCAGGCAUCGCAGCAUACUAGCAAACGGUGGUGGGUUUAAGAAAAGUUGCAGUAGCAUUGAUGGGAGCUGCAUGGGACAGGUUUGCAUGUCAACAACGGAUGUAGCAUUCUAUGUGGUGGACGCUAACAUGUGGGGUUUCUGUGACGCUUGUGCUGAGCAUCACUUGCAAAAGGGGCAGGGUGUUGCUGGGAGGGCAUUUGAAUCCCUUAACUCAUGUUUUUGUCAUGAUAUAACUGAGUUUUGUAAGACUGAGUACCCACUAGUUCAUUAUGCACGCAUGUUUGGCUUAAAAAGCAGCUUUGCAAUUUGUCUACGCAGCAAUCAUACUGGAAAUGACGACUAUGUUUUAGAAUUUUUCCUCCCCCCUAAUGUUGAAAGCUAUGAGGACCAGCAGUCCUUGUUGAACUCCCUUUUAGUGACAGUGAAACAGCAUUUUGGGAGCCUGAGGGUUGCUUCUGGAAAAGACCUUGACAAUGAGUGGAGGUCCAUUGAGAUCAUCAAGGCUUCCAUAGAUGAAAAGCUUAAUAUGAGGACUGAUUUUGCUGCCGCAUCACCGCCUAGGCCUCCUGUGCAAAACGGGGAAAGCAGACAUCUUGAUGCUUUCAAAGGGCAGUUAUUGAUGGGUAAAUUCUGUGGUGUAAAUGGAAAAGGAAAUGUCAGUAGUCCUACUGGACUUCAGAAUGGUGCAUCUGUUGCUGAAGCAAAAGUUGUAGGCAAGAAGCCCGAGAGAAAGCGGGGGAAGGCAGAGAAAACAAUAAGCUUAGAAGUUCUGCAGCAAUAUUUUGCUGGUAGUCUUAAGGAUGCUGCAAAGAGUCUUGGUGUUUGCCCUACUACAAUGAAGCGUAUCUGUAGGCAGCAUGGAAUCUCUCGCUGGCCUUCCCGCAAGAUAAAUAAGGUUAAUCGUUCUCUUUCAAAGCUAAAGCGUGUAAUUGAAUCCGUACAAGGUGGUGAAGGAACAUUCAGUAUGACUUCUUUGGCUACAAGUUCUAGUCCUGUUACGGUUGGUCCAAUUUCUUGGGCUCCUAAUAUGAAUGGAACCAACCAGCAAAGCUCACCUGGCUCUGGACCAUGUGAAUUUCAGGAAGAGAAGAAAGAGGUUGCUACCAAGUCCCGUGGAGCUGAUGAACAAGCAGAGGCCUCAAAUCAUUUUAUUGGAGAUGGGAGUGCAAAAUAUGAGAAACUCACUCCUAAUGGAGGUGGGUUUGUGGCAGGUGAAGGUUCACACCGAUCAAGAGAUGGGAGUGGAUCGAGAGAAGAGAGCACAGGAACACCUACUUCGCAAGGUUCGUGUCAAGGUAGCCCUUCUCUCAGAAAUGAGACCUCCCCCCAAAAUGAUCCAGUUGUUUCACCUAUGGAUGAACACCGCAUGAAACUGGGAGGCUCACAGGGUGGGGUGUGUCAACAAACAAGAGAUAUCAAUCUAUCUUCUGGAUUUUCAAUUCCGGGCAAUUUUAUACCACCACCUGAUGGGACAUUCCGAGGAAUGCUGGUUGAGGAUGCAGGAAGUUCACACGACCUGAGGAAUUUGUGCCCAGCUGGUGAACCGCUGUUUGAAGAGCACGUCACAGAGAACAGUUGGACAAGACCAACUCUUCCCGAUCCCAUGCCCGAGGACUGCAUAGCAGCUCCAGCCGAAGACCAUAUGCCAAGGUUUUCCGCCAGGCCAGAAGUGAAAACAAUUACCAUAAAAGCCACGUACCGAGAAGACAUCAUCAGAUUCCGCCUUCCAAUAGAUUCUGGUAUCGUCAAGUUAAAAGAAGAAGUGGCAAAGCGGUUCAAGUUAGAGCUGGGUACUUUUGAUAUAAAAUAUCUUGACGACGAUCAUGAGUGGGUCCUAAUCGCAUGCGACGCUGAUUUGCUGGAAUGCUUCGAUGUAUCAGGAUCAUCUGGUGGCAAUAUAAUCAGGCUAUUGGUACAUGACAUCAUGGCCAAUCUGGGGAGCUCUUGCGAAAGCUCAGGCGAAUGACAAGAAAAUUAGGCGUAUCAAUCAGGUAUGGUUAAGUUAUGAUAGAAAUUCUUGUUGUGUUAGGAGAAUUCAUGUGUAAUUGUAAAUUUUGUUUAUUUUGGGCAGCCUUUUCCGUUUGCCAGAAUUUUUUGUAGUACAUCUUGUGGGGUUUGGGAGAGUAACUCUUUCUGCUCACAUCCUUUGAUAAAAGCUUGUGAAUAUUUAUGUCACACCUUUCUAGUUGUACAAGUAAAAAAUUUGCUGUUGAUAGAAUCAGCAAAUUGCCCUUUUAAGUUA